CUUUUUCUAACCAUUAAUAUCGACGUGCAUGUGAUAUAUGUUUCACUUCAUUCUAACGGCAUAAAAGCUACUGAUUUGACUUUCAAUUUUGCAUGUGCGGAAGAUGGUGCAGUUUCAUCCGACGAGGAACUGAAUGGAGGCGAUGAGAUAUUACAGGACGGGAAACAAAUAUGCGAAGAUCGUGAUCUCAAGGACAGACUGCUGCGUAAAUUCGGGAGCCGUAUAAGUUCUUUAAAGCUGGAGUUUUCAAAGAAGAAAAAGAAAGGAAAGCUACCAAAAGAAGCAAGACAAGCUCUUCUUGAUUGGUGGAAUGUUCAUUAUAAGUGGCCUUACCCUACUGAAGGGGAUAAGAUAGCUUUAGCUGAUGCAACGGGUUUAGACCAGAAACAGAUCAACAAUUGGUUUAUAAACCAAAGAAAACGUCAUUGGAAGCCGUCAGAGAACAUGCCUUUUGCGAUGAUGGACGACUCUAGUGGAUCAUUCUUUACCGAGGAAUGAAAGUUAUGGUAUUUAACGUUGGAUUAAAAAGAAAAGAAAUGGAGGUGUUAGUGACAUGUUUCCUUCGUAAAAAUUCUGCUUUUGCUAUGCCGACAAAAGAAAAAAAUGGUACAUGAAUGGUUUAUUUACUCGGUCACAUGUAGGAAAGGACAAAGGGACAAGCCCAUCAAUGCUUUGUAACUAUUAUUAUCGGUGAAUAAAAGGGUUAUAUUUAUAAUAA